GAACUUCCUACCCCGCGGGACAUGGAGUGGCGGGUGCUCAUCGGGUUUGGGGUUGCUCGAUCCGCGCGUCUUCGCCAUGGACGACUUUUUGUCCGCGGCCGAGUGCGCCUUCCUCGUCGGAAGGACGGCCGGCAGGCUCGAGGACGCCGUGGGCGGCGAGCAGCACCUCCGGCUGACGGCGGAGGAGGAGCGCGGCA